UCUGAUCUCUUGAACGAACCUCGAUUCAAUCAAGGUCAACGUAGACAAGACAUCAGAGCCAGGGAGGUCAAAUGACAAUAUUCCUCAAUCCUUUUCGAACCCCGGCUCGAACAGGAGCCGAGUGGUUCUCGGUCGGUCUUGCCUCGUCAUUCCCGGAUGUCAGCCUCGACAUCGAUGGGAAAGAGAAUGUGAGCGAAAAUGAAGCCCGACUCUGCGGAAGCCACGGCCCAAAGGCAACGCCAGGUUGUAAGGUCUUCCACGUUCCCAAGGAAGACCCUUCCCAGCGAACCGAGGUCGAUCUCCCGGUCGACGACGCGGCACAGGAUUUGACAGAUCAAGUACUCGUCUUUCAAUAUCGGGGCAAGUUUCAUGCCAUCGACCAUCAAUGCCCUCACUCUUCCUACCCACUCUCCCAGGGCAUCCCAUUCGACAUCGAGGACUUCGGCAUCGUCCUCAGCGCCGGUCUGACGUGUCCCAAGCAUAACUGGUCCUUUGACCUGUUUUCGGGCAGGUCGGACCGCGGCAAUUACAAGCUCAGGGUCUGGGAAGUCGAGCUGCGCGACAUCGAGGGGGUGCAGACGGAUGACAAAGAAGUGUGGGUGAGGAGAAAGCCCAGGAUCGGCUGAAAGCUGGAGGGAUGGGCUUAGAAUAGGUCUGGUUGUCGGGUUCUGGAAAGAGAGUGGAGGACAAGAGGGGUGCUGCUCAGCUGCUGUCCCCGCCAUCAGCGCCACAUCAUGUUCUCUCUCCUCUACCACCUGGCCUGCACACAAGCUUUGCUCCGGACAGCGGCCGCACUCGGCUUGACGGCGGCCUUGGGCUG